AUGGCGGCGCUGGUGGUGGCGGUGCUGGUGGUGGCGGCGCUGGCGGGGGCCGGGGCGCAGUGCCCGGCCCCCUCCGACCUGCGGACGGCCAACGGCACCCGCAUCUGCGCCCAGCUCUACGCCGACAACAGCCCCUACUACGACCAGUGCUGCGAGGGGCCCGUGCUGGUGGUGGAACCCGGCGCCGACGACCCCUACAUGCCCCACAACUGGGCCGCCCGCGUCUCCUCCUUGGUGGUGGGCACCCGAUGCGAGCUGACCGUCUGGUCUCGGGCCGGUAAGAAGGGAAAGAGCCGGACUUUCGGGACCGGCGCGGUGCCGCGGCUGCAGGAGGUGCGGCGGGGUCUCUUCGGCAAUUGGAACGAUGCCAUCAGGGGUUACUACUGCAAGUGCAAGUGAGGCGGGCGGCGCGGGGCGGCGCGGGGCAACGCCAGUCAUCGCGGGCCAAUGCGAGUCAACACGGGCCAAGAGGAGUCAAUGUGAGUCAACGGGGGCCAAGACAAGUCAACGUGAGUCAACGCAAGUCUAUGUGGGCCAAGACAAGCCAACGUGAGUCAAUGCAAGUCAACGCGCGUCAAGACAAAUCAACGUCAAGUCAAUACGAGCCAGCGUGGUCAAACGUGGGUCAACCUCGGCCAAGACGAGUCCAGAUGGGUCAACGUGGGCCAAGACAAACCAACGUGCGCCAAGGCGAGCCAACGCGUGUCAAGGCGAGCCAACACACGUCGAGGCAAGCCAACACACGUCAAGGUGAGCCAACGCGUGUCAAGGCGAGCCAACACACGUCAAGGUGAGCCAACGCGUGUCAAGGCGAGCCAACACACGUCGAGGCGAGCCAACACACGUCAAGGUGAGCCAACGCGUGUCAAGGCGAGCCAACACACGUCAAGGUGAGCCAACGCGUGUCAAGGUGAGCCAACGCGAGCCAAGGCGGGCCAAGACGAGUCAACGUGAGUCCACGCAGGUCACCGUGAGUCCCCAUGGGUCAAGAGUGCCAGAUGUAGGCUGACACGUGUUGACGUGGCAGUGCCACCCCCUCGCUCCGCCCCCCCCCCCCCAUCACAUCGCACAGCUCCCAGUGCAGCCAAUAAAGCCUGGAGGCCGCAGCA